AUGUUCUGCUUGAUAUCUUAUAAUCAAAAAAUAUUUCACUUUUACAAUUAAUUCCACAUAUUUUUAUAAUAUGAUUUUAUACUAUUAUUAGGGAAAUUAAAAAUUAAGAAUACAGGCAAUAUAAAAUUAAAGGAUAAUAUCUUUACCUCAACCAAAGUUAUUCAUGAGAUUUCCUUUAAAUAUAUAAAUCUUAUUAAUAAAUUCAAAUCAUUGAAGUAACUCAAACGAUGGCUUAUAAUUUUAUUGUUAAAUUAGGGGUAAAUUAAUAAAAGUAAGUUUAAAAAGAUUAUGAUUAUCAGGUUGUUUUUUUGUACUCAAAAAGCAAAAAUAUUUUUUUUUGAUUAUGGAUUCACUCCAAUAGAUGUCAGUCGACCUAAUAAAAUAUUUGAAGAUUAAAAAUAAUACAAAUUUAAUCUUAAAAAUUUAUGGGUCUUGAAAGAUUAUAUAGAGAAAAUAGAAUCAGUGUUAAAUGUUUUGGAGGAAAUAAAUGUGAAAAUUAAGACAAUUUAAACUUUCCCAAAACCGUUGAGUAAAAUUAUGGAUCAAUAUUAAAUGCUUGGUGAGAUAAGCAUAUUAAAUUGUUAUUAUCCAUUAUUAUUAUUUGAUUAUAAAGAAGUUUUUGAUGAUACUAAAAGAGGAGAUGAUACUUUCAGAAUUUAUUUACAUAGUGAAGAUGCUUUUGAAUUACUUAUUAAAAAAAAAUUAAAUUAGUCUCUUUGAUAGAAAUCUAUAAGUUAGAUACCCCAUUUUUCUUAAAAAUUUGUAAAUGUAAGUGAAAUAAAGGAGUUAGUACCUUAUCUAAAAAAUUUAUAGUAAAUAGGUAAAAAUGUUAUUUUAAUUUAUUCAAGUAAAGAACCAUAAGGAAUGAAAAAUGCCAAACUUACUAUAGAAGAUUUUAUGGCUAGAGAAUUGUUAAUCUUUCCCGAAGAUAUCAAAAAUUAUAAUGAAUAACUAAGAUCACUUUACAUUAAAUCUUAAUAAUUCACUUUACUAUAAUAAAAAGAAAAUAUUCAUUAAUAAUUAAUCUUUAUUACACUUGGUCAAAAAAUGAAAUCUCAAUAAUUAUUAAAGAUUUAUCACAACAUAAUUUUGAGAUUAAUUACAAACAUUCUAGAAAAUCUUAGUGAAAAGAAAUUUAGAAAUAUUUAUAAAAUAAAUAAUAGUAUAAAUCUUAACAUUCUAUAAUAUGAAGAAGGAAGAUAAAUUUUAUAAUUAAUUGGAUAUAGGGAAGGUGAAAAUGAUUAUAAAAAUAUAUUGAAAUAGGUUAUGUGUAAAUGUCAAAAGCAGAUGUUGAAAUUGCAUGGAAAAAAUAAUUAGAGAAAAAUUUUAAAUGAAUUAAUGUAUUUCUAUUAAUUGUAAUAUAUUGCUUUUAAUUUUUAUAAAUGUAAAUUAAUUAAAUUUCAUUUACUAUUACAAUAUUAAAAAUAAAUAAAUUAUGAGUGAGAAUCAUGAGGUUUCAAAUAUUCUACUAUAUUCAUUUAUCUUAUUUUUAGUGAUUUUAGGGUUUUAUUUAUUUAGUAAGGAUUAAAAACAUUGGAUUAAGUAAAAUUAUAAUUAAGAAUUAGAAUUUGUUAUAUUUUAAAGCGGUUUAGUAGAUAAACUAAAAAAGAAAAAGAUGAUAACAACCUAGAAAAGGACGAGAAUCGAUAACUUAUUCCUCAAAUUAUCGAUGAAGUUGAUGAAAGAUAGAAGUUUAUUAAUAAAAUUAAUUCAGAAAAUGAAAAUUAAUAGAAAGAGCUUAAAAAGUAAUUAAAAGAAAAAUUUUAAACUUGUCAAUAAUUUUAAACUGAAGAAUAUAAUAUUUGUUAGUAAAUCCCUUCAUAAAAAGUAAUAGAAAUCGUAAAUUAAAUUAAUUUAAUUUAUAAAAAUUCUUCAUAAUUACGUAAUGUUGAUGAAAAUCUAAAAUUUUAUGUAAGAAAACUAUAGGAUUAAUCUGGAUUAAAAAAGAAUUAUAAUUUGAGUUUAGCAGGAAGCAAAAAGUUAGGAUAAUAUUGUAAUAAAUUUAGAGAGGUAAGAGGAGAUGGAAAUUGUUUCUAUACUGCUUUUGGAUAUUAAUUCUUAUCAAUUUUAUUAUUUGAGUAUUCUUAUGAUUAAUUCUAACAAUUUAUGGAAAAAAUUAAAUAAAUCUAAUUACCAAUGAAAAUAUUUGUUAUUGGCAAAUAUUUUAAAAUUGAUGAUAAAUAAAUAGAACAGGAGCUUUUAUUAGAAUUUAUAAAGAGAUUGACUUAAUUAAAAUAAAUUGAAGAUUUAAAUUAAAGAUUCGAGUAAUUUCAUACUUAAUUUUCUGCAUAUUAAUAAUAAUCAGAAGAAGUUGAUGGAUGUUUAUAUGGAUUAUCAACUAUAUUUUUUAGAAAUUAUUCAAAUUAUGUUGUUGAUUUUAGUGAAAACAAAGAUGCUGUUUAUGAUAGAGUAAAUCUAUUAAAUUGGGAAGAAGAAUGCAAUUCCAAUGAAGUUGUUAUUGUAGAAUUAGCUAAACAAUUAAAUAUGUAAUUAUUUAAUAUAAAAUUCUAGAUUUGUUUAAUUAUUAUUCAUUGAAAAUAAAGAUUCGAUUAUGGUUAAUAAUUAUGGAAAUGAAGAGAAUAAUAAAAUUAUAUUAUUAAUUAAGCCUGGCCAUUAUAAUAUUGGUUAUUAUCAGGAAUAAACAGUUGUUGAUUAAUUUCUCGAAAAAUAAUCAAGAUUAAGUGAUUUAAUUAAACUUCAUCUAAGUAUUGAUGAAGAUUAGAACGAAAAAAAUGUUAAGGAAAUAGAAUAAUUAUUAUAGUCAAUAAAUGAAAAAUAGAGUAAAAUUUAAGAUUUGAUUAAAAAUGGAAAACUUAAAGAAGCAGAAGCCUCAAAAUUACUUGAGUUUUCAUUAUGA